AUGUAUUUUAAUACUGAAGAAGAAAUUACUGUUAUAAUUAUUGACAAUGGGUCUUAUAAUGUCAAAGCUGGAAUAACAACCUCAGAUAAAGAAAUGCCAGAUGUUGCAGGAUUAAAUAUCGCUGCGUGUUAUUCAGGAGAAGAAGAGUUUGUGUUAGUAGCUAAUAAUGUUUUAGAUCACGCAAAAGAAAUGAAUGUAGUUCGACCAUUCGUAAAUGGGAGACUUAAUAAUAAAAAAACAUUAGAAAAUGUUAUUAAUAGUGUUGUGCAUGAUGGACUUAACACCGAUCCAUCAGGUCAACGAAUGAUACUCACUGAAGACUUUUUUGAUUCGGACAAUGUGAGAACUUUUAUGUCUGAAAUUGCCUUUGAAAAAAUGAACGUUUCAGAUCUUUACAUUGAACGACCAGCAAUUUUAGAAGAAAAGUGUUUGUUAAUCAAUGAAGGUGUAGUCGUACAUUUUGGGGAUUCAAUGCUUCGAAUAUUGCCUUUUCAUGAUGACGGGAAAGAUGAUUUUAGGCAUAUCGUAGAUUAUAAACACAGUACUUUGAUUAAUUAUGGUGGCUCUACUAUCACACAAGAACUUCAAAAAAGGCUGUUUACAAGAUAUCCAUUUUUACACGAUGAAAAUCCAACCAUUCUUUAUCAUAAAAUGGAUUUGCUUAAGCAACAAUUUUGUUAUGUUGCAGAAGACAUUGAACAAGAAAAAAAUAAAAGUUAUGACGACUUAAAAGCGGAAUACCAAUUAAACGAUGGAACAACAAUCGAAGUGGGUAAAGAAAGAUAUGAAGUACCAGAGAUGAUAUUCAAUUCACAAAUUUUGCAUGAGCUCGGUAAAAACAUCGAUCCGAUCCAAAUAUGA